AUGAUUAUACUAGCUCAGAAAGGCCCUGAGAGACGGAUUGCAAUAGUUUCAAAUUCAUAUGCUUUGAUAUUUAAUGCUGUUAAGUGCGACCCUUCGUCUCCCAACGCCUCGAAGAACAGACCCCUCUGUGCUAUUGAACUAAUACCUAAGUCAUUACUUAAGGGGCAAGGUUUUGAAAAGUUGGUAAACCUGGAGGUAUAUGGGUUUCUUGGUUUAAUAGAAAUUGAGAGCAAGAUUUUUAUUUGUACUAUUACCGGCAAGUCAAAAGUAGCUAGGCCAAUUCCAGGAGAAACGGUGAAUAAAAUAUACGCGGUAGACUUCUUUUGUUUGAAUGAUGAGCGUUGGGAUUUUGUCGAGUUUGAUUCUAAUGGUUAUCCAAUACCUGCUUCUGAUGAAGAUAGCAUUUCUCCGCAAAGUGCGAUAAAGCAUCCAUGCCACGAACUAAAGAAACUACUAUCCAAUGGCUCAUUUUACUACAGCUCAGAUUUUGAUUUGACGUCUUUGCUGCAAUAUCGUAGGCUAGAUGCACAUUCCUUGAGUUUUGAUGACUUUCAGGAAGAGUUUAUGUGGAACUCUUUUCUAAUGCAGGAGAUAAUUAGCUUUAGAGACAAGUUGGAUGAUUCCGCAAGACAAGUUUUAGAUGAUGAAGGCUUUUUAACUACAGUAAUUAGAGGUUUUGCAGAGACAUUUCAGACCUAUAUUGGCGCUUUACCUGUUUGGUUAACUAUAAUUUCAAAACAGAGUUGGAAGCGCGCCGGUACCCGCUUUAACGCACGUGGAAUUGAUGAUGAAUCAAAUGUUGCAAAUUUUGUAGAAACGGAGUUCAUCAUGUAUUCCAGUGAUUACUGCUACUCAUUUACAGAGUUAAGAGGUAGUGUACCGGUGUUUUGGGAACAAGAUACGUCGUUGAUUAACCCUAAGGUGCAAAUCACAAGGUCGAUAGAAGCAACGCAGCCGGUAUUUGAUGAACAUUUCCAAAGGCUCAUCGACAAAUACGGUCCUAUUCACGUGGUUAAUUUACUUUCCACCAAGUUCUCUGAAAUGGAGUUGACGAGGCGUUAUAGAGCGCAUAUAGAGCACUCUAACUACCUCAACAUAGGCGAUAACAUUUACCUUACUGAGUUUGACUUUCACAGGGAAACUAAGGAUCAAGGUUUUUCAGCUGCAAGUAGAAUAAGACCUAUGAUUGAGAAGUCACUACUAGAAAACGGUUAUUUCUCCUACGAUGUUAAAGAAGGUAAGCCUAUUUCUAAGCAAAGAGGGGUAUUUAGAGUAAACUGUUUGGAUUGUCUAGAUAGAACUAACUUGGUUCAGCAGUUCCUCUCAAGAUAUGCGUUCUUGUUGUUUUUACAGGACUUCCAGUUAGUAAAAUCCAGUGUGGUUAGUAAUAUGGAAGAUUAUGAAUGGUUUCAGAAACAUAACAAUUUGUGGGCAGAUCAUGGUGAUGCUGUUUCUCAGAUAUACACUGGUACUAAUGCUUUAAAGUCAUCGUUUUCUAGGAAGGGUAAAAUGUCUCUCGCAGGUGCGUUAUCCGAUGCCACCAAAUCUGUCAGUCGAAUGUAUAUCAACAACUUCAUGGAUAAAGGAAAACAGCAAAAUAUUGAUACCUUGUUGGGUAGAUUGCCACAUCAGCAGCCAGUUCAAUUAUUCGAUCCAAUAAAUGAAUAUGUUACUUCCAAACUAGAGACUUUAUCCAGUAAAUUCACAAAGUCUGCCAAGAUUAACCUUUUAGUCGGUUCUUUUAACGUGAAUGGUUUGACGAAGAAUGUAGAUAUCACGGAUUGGUUGUUUCCUAUUGGCGAUAAAUAUUUGCCAGAUGUUGUUGUAUUAGGAAUGCAAGAAGUGAUAGAACUCAAUGCUGGCUCAAUAUUGAAUGCAGAUUACUCUAAAAGCACGUUCUGGCAACAACUUGUUAACAAGCACUUGAACCAAUAUGAGGAAAAAUACCUCUUAUUGAGAGCAGAACAAAUGUCUUCGCUGUUGAUUUUAUUUUUUGUAAAAUCGAGUAACGUGCAACACAUCAAACGUGUUGAGGGUGGCAGCAAGAAAACCGGAUUUGGAGGAAUAACGGGUAACAAAGGCGCAGUCGCAAUUAGGUUUGAAUAUGGUGAUACUUCUUUUUGUUUUGUGAACUGUCACCUAGCAGCUGGGAUAUCUAACGUUGAAGAACGUCGUUCUGAUUAUGAAAGCAUAACAAAGGGCAUUAACUUUACAAGAUCAAAGAAAAUUCCACACCAUGAUUCUAUCUUUUGGUUGGGUGACUUGAACUACAGAGUUACACUACCUAAUGAUGAGACAAGGAAAAGGUUAAGUGCCAAAAAGGCUGGUUAUAUUGAGGAUUUAUUAAAUUUCGAUCAGCUAACGCAGGAAAUGAAUUCAGGCAUGUCAUUCAAAGGCUUCAUGGAGCCAUCUAUCCAGUUCUGUCCUACAUACAAGUACGAUCAUGGCACAAACCGGUAUGAUAGUUCUGAAAAGGCACGUACCCCCUCCUGGACCGACAGAAUUAUCUACAAAGGUAAGAAUAUACAGCCAAUGGCAUACGGUGAUGUUGCUCUAUGUUUAAGCGACCACAGGCCAGUUUAUUCGGCCUACAAAACUGAUGUCUGUUUUGUCGAUGAAGCCAUCAAACUGAGCUUGACCAAACAACUAUAUCUGAAAUAUAAGGAAACUCAUCCAGAUCGUUCUUCAAAUACGACUGUAGCUCUGAUCGACGUCGAAAUGGAGAAGGCUAGCACUAAAUCUAAUACACUGGAAAAUUCAUUGAAUAACUGGAAUGAUAAUAAUCUCUUGGAGCUUGAUCCGAUCGAUACUGUCUCGUCCUCGAACUCUUCAAGCCCAUUGAGCACCACUAACUCGCAGCCAAUGAAACCAAUAAGAAAGGCUUCUUCAAGUCCAAGUAUCAAUCAGAAAGCACCGCGGGUCCCUCCUAGUUCACGAAGUACCAAUUCCUCUGCUGGCUUACCCAGUCCACUAUCUGGUAACAUGGAACCAAUCAAAUCACCCCUACCAUUAAAACCACGGGUCCCUCCGCCAAGACAAAAUUCAGCAAGGCAGUCAGAGAUAGCUUUCGACCUUAACUCAGGCAAGUCUAAAAGUCCGGCAAUUAACAAACCUGUUCCUCCUCCAGCUCCAGCGAGACGUGGUACCUUACCACCAGGAUUCAGCGAUACCAUAUUGGUACCGAAAACUAGCUCAACUAGUCCAAUGCCAAUGACUAAGACUUCAAGCCCACAGUCCACAUCUAACAGCCCUUCUAUUAAUUCGAUCAGGGCUUCCCCAAUACCUGCGACCUCAGGUUCAGAAAACGCAAGCGAUCCACAGGCAAGCGCGAAAGCUCAAACAUCCUCAAAAGCACCAACAUUAACUCCAAAGAAUAAUGAGCUAGAGAAGCUAAUGAUGAACUCUUGGAAGCCUUUAACGCCCAACUGA